AUGGCGGCGGCGGCAACAGCACCGGACUCGGGUUUAAUGGUGUUGGGAGGGCGAGAAGCGGCUGAGAAAGAAGAAGUGAAAGGGAUUAUCAACAAUGGAUUGUUUAAGAAACUCCCACUGCCUUCAAACGCUAUGUUAUUUCAGCUUGACUUUGAUGCAGUGAGAAGGUAUUUCUUCUUCAUCCCGGUUCUUGGUCAGCCUUUGUCUUCCAAUCGCUACUAUAUCAUUCAUGGUAAUGGAAAAUACAAAGGGGCUCGACUUACCGGAACAAACAUGAUCGUCGGAAAAUGGUACAAGCCAUUCGUAUUCGUUAAAGAUUGUUCUUUGAAAGUACAAAUGGAGAAAUCGUUGUUUUAUAAUGUGUCGUUGGAGAGAUUGUGGGAGAAAAUAUAUUCAUGGGAGAAUGAUGGUGGGGGCAGGAAAGGCGAUGUUGUGGCAUUGAGUGUUGAGAUAAAGAGGGGAGGGUUCGUUCAGAUCGGAUUGGGUGGUAUCGGGUUGAGCUCGGUGGUUUUUGAGGGGAUGAGGUGGUGGGAGGAGUCGGUAGUGUGGGUUGAUGGGGUUGAGAAGGUUGAGAAGGUGGUUGAGAUUGGUGGGGGCAAAGGCGGUGGCUGGAGGAGAUUUGAUUGUUAUGUGUUGGUGGAGAGGUUUGAUUUGAGGAGAUUGGAUGGUACUUUGGUGCUUAAUUGUGAUUUUAGGCAUACCCAUGAGAUCCGGAUUAAAUGGGAAUAA